AUGACUUCAUUUGCUAUUUCUAGUCUUGCAGUUUUAAAGAUACAGACAGUCUAUCUAUUUGUUGCAGAAAUUCUGAACAAUCAAACUAAGAAGUCAGAGUUAAGUAAUGCAGUAAGUCUUUCAGAUAUCUCUGAUACUCUGUCUGAUACUCUAUCUGAUACUUAUUCUGAACCAGAAGAUAUCAGAGUGCAGAAGAUUAUACAAGAAGCAGUGGCAGCUCUAUUCAUGAAAUUAGUUGAUAAUAAUGAAUUACAACAGUAUGAAGAGCCUGAAUCUGAAUUCUGGUUACAGACUAUAUUAUAUCCAGUGCAUCUGAAAGUCUUACAGAUUUCUGAAGACAUUAGUAUACUGAGAUCUCUACUAUUGGGGCUGAGCAUGUUAAAGAAGAAAUACAGAGCUCAAUUCUCUAUACUUUCUAUCUAA